AUGACGGUUCAGCUCCAGGUGAUGCCCCAACUGGCCGAGGCCUUGAACGAUCAGGAUGAUUGGACCGGACUCACGGAUGCCGUUUCACGAAGAAAGAGACAGAAUCGACUGAAUAUAAGAGCCUAUCGCCGACGACGUAAAGCACUAGAGGUAGGAGAAAAGCAGGAGGCCUUGUCCAUGGCCAAAAGCAGUCCGGUCAAGAUAGAAGGGCCUGCAAUUCCGUGCUGGGAUGAAGAUCUACAGACGGUAAUAAGUCUUCCGGCCUCGGAGGUGGAUUCUAGAAUGGGCAUACUGUGCAAGCCGUUACUACUACUGUUGGCAGACGGAAAAACAGUCACGCCUACCAGGCAAACGCCACACAAAGUCAUCUUUCCUCUCUGCCCUGAUCAUCUUAUUCUUCUUCUUCAGUACAACGUCUUACGUGCUACUCUCAUCAACAUCAAAAUUCUAUCGCCUCUUCUCACAAUAACGUCUUGUUCGGCAGACACCCUUAACGUCUUACCUAAACCAUCAUUGCCAGAUCAGAUUCCACCUACAUUAUGGCCCACUAAACUUCAACAGACUAUACCUCAUGAAGAUUGGGUUGAUAUUAUACCGCACCCCCGCUGGCGAGACAAUGUCCUCCUUGCUCUUGGGACAUUCGACGAAGACGAACUCUGGUCAGACACCAUAGGAGGCUUGUUUGAAGGUUUUCCACAGUCAGAAAUUGAACGCCGUGGUGUGAUAGUGUGGUCACCACCAUGGGAUAUCUGUGGAUGGGAGAUCACGGAGGGAUUCUGGAAAAAGUGGGGAUUCUUGAUGAAAGGAUGUGAAGAUAUUCUAGACGUUACGAAUUAUUGGAGAAGGCAGAGGGGAGAAGAACCCCUCGUCUUUGAAGUUUGA